UACCUAAUGUGCCUGUAUGCAUUCAAGCAUGUACCUACAUACUUACCUCUAGGAGGAGGAGGUACCCAGGUAUUUCAACCCCCUCCUUCUUGUACCUUGUACAGGCAAGCACUUUGUGUGAUGCUAUUAUUCAAUGUACCUACCUAGGUAGGUAUCUAUGCAAUUCUAGUGGCGAUACGAUGGAGGCAGGUACACGUCCACCCAACCUUACUAAUCGGUGAUCAACCCAUUUUGGCACUCAUGGUAUGCCUUUGAACUUCCUACUCGCAAUCCUUCCAUACAUAUUUUACACUACGACCUCCGUAGACAUCGCCAUCAUCGUCACCCAGGACUGACAGACCAUGGCCACGCAACACCUUCCGUCGACGAUACCCAACCUCAAGGAUAAGAUACCCAGGCUGGAACCACGCCGGCGGCGGCCGGUGCCUUCGAACCCUAUCCCACUUCCAGACACGCCCUCCCUACCGCCGCCACCAGAUACAUCAUCUCAGACGUUCCAGGUUCCUACUCGGCGAAUCCUUUCCGCUCGUGACCACCAGCUCUUCCUCUCCUCCCCUACGUACAACCUCAUCACAGCGUUCGUCUUUGGCCUCUCGGAUGCUGUAGUGGACACCCCGGUCUCUGCUGUGAAGGAUGACGAUUGCAGCCCCGUCAUCAAGUCGAUUCUGAGCAUCCUCGACGAGGCGGAGGCUCUGGUCCAGGCCACCCCCCCGGACGACGCGGAAGGAUCGAGGUUUGGCAACAAGACUUUCCGCACCUUUCUCGACAAGGUCAAAACCGCCAGUCAUGCUUGGCACCAGAAGCUUGGUAUAUCAUCCCAGGAUACGAUCUCCGAGGUGGAAACCUAUCUCAACCAGUCGUUCGGCAAUCGUACCCGGAUAGACUACGGCUCCGGCCACGAACUGAAUUUCAUCGUAUGGCUGCUAUGCUUAUAUCAGCUACGGAUCGUGGCCAGGGCCGAUUUCAAGUCGUUAGUCUUAAAAGUCUUCCUCCGCUAUCUGGAGCUCAUGAGAGCGAUCCAGUCGACGUACUACCUUGAGCCAGCUGGCUCGCAUGGUGUUUGGGGUCUGGACGACUACCAGUUCCUCCCCUUCCUGUUUGGCGCCAGCCAACUCCUCCACCACCCCUUCAUCACACCCCUGGCGAUACACCAGGAACUGACGCUCGAAGAAUUUGGCGACGACUAUAUGUAUCUCGGACAAGUGAGUUUCGUCAACAGCACAAAGACGGUCAGGGGCCUGCGAUGGCACAGUCCUAUGCUGGAUGAUAUCUCUUCGGCCAAGAGUUGGAGCAAGGUGGAGGGCGGUAUGCGGAAAAUGUUUGUCGCGGAGGUUCUCCGAAAGUUGCCGGUCAUGCAACAUUUUCUGUUCGGUUCGCUCGUCCCUGCGGUAGAGGGAAUGAGCACCGAGGCCGAGAUAGGCGCGUCAAACGACGAAGACGAGCUCGGAGAUGGAACGAUAGUUGUUGAGCACAACGGUGUAAAGCACUUACAUAACCUUAAUAGUUGGGGUGACUGCUGUGGUAUUAAAGUGCCUAGUGCUAUCGCAGCUGCGCAGGCGACGAGGAAGAAUGGCGGAGAGACGCUACGCCGGAUACCUUUUGACUAAGAUAUCGGACGGGCUCCCCUCUCAACGAUGACCACUUUCGCGGUUCGGCCAAUUAUAGAGACUGACAGGGCACGAUUAAGUACAACACGACAUGACAAUAAUGUGCAACUGUCCACCUUGAACCAGGAGCCGAACGUUAUGAAUACCACGGCUUAACUCAAAGUUUCGUAACAACCUAGCGAGUAUCCACGGAGCCAAACGAGACUGAUACCAUUUGCCACAGGAUUCCAGCGAAGGGGUAUAUUUGGCUGGACACAAGCCCUCCGUCUAGUGAACCAAAUGCGUUCGUUGCUUUUCAGAUGACGGCGGAAUACAUAGGGCUACGAACGACCGUAGCGCGAGUUGUACACGUGGUCCCAAAAAGCCACUCUCUUCAUACACAAUUUUAGGUGGCCCGGCCAGUCUGUACCUCUCCGUUUACAGCCGGGACCACGACCCUAAUAGACGCCGAACUCUGUUAUUUACCUUCAAAUAAGGCUUUCUUCCCCCUCCCCCGACCACCCUUGCUCGGUUUAAAAAAAAACCCAUAGAACGACAGCUAUUAAUAGAACAUAGUAUAUACACAUGUCGCACGGCCAGUCGCCUUAUCUAAUGGCGAGGACUUAGUAAGGCCCACGGGAGGGCAGGCCCCGAUCGGGCCGGGGUGGUUUGCGAGUCCGAAGGAACGGAGGGUAGAGGAAACGAUAAUGCGUUCAAAGGGGCAGAGAAGCCCCGGAGG